AUGCAGAUAAAGAAGAUGAAGGAUCCCGGACAUUCAUUAUACACCCCACAGGUGAAUGAAAGACAUAGCUCGGUGACCAUGUCACCCAAGCAGCCUAACACCAAUAAGAUGACUCAACCAGAGAGACAAGAUGCUCAGGCGCUGUUGUACCCGGGCACAGAGAGCGAGGCUGCCAUGGUGACCGUUGCUACCUGUGUAAAAUGCAAGAAUGUCCACAAAGUACUCCUCCAGGACUUCCUCAGGGGUCCCGGCCAAAACCCCAAAGAUGAUACCUACGUCUGCUUCCAGUGCAGCCUGGGUGUGCCCCCUCCUCCCUUUCAUUUCAUGAAUGGCAAUUCCGGGGUCGCUCACAUUAGCAGUCAAGCUGCAACCAUAGCCAGCCCUCUGGCGAAUAAAUUCAAAGCCAGGAACUACAACCCCGACAAAUACUAUUGUGACAAGUGCCGGUUCUCCACCAAGGACCCCUUGCAGUACAAAAAGCACAUGCUGCAGCAUGAUGAAAUCAAGUUCAUCUGCUCACACUGUAGCCACAUCUCAUACACCAAAGGCGCAUUCCAGCGACACCUGGUGAAGCACACAGGUGUCUUCCCUUACCAGUGUGAGUACUGUGAAUAUGGGGCCAUCCGCAAUGACUACAUCGUCAAGCACAGAAAGAGAGUCCAUGAAAAGGACGGGGACAAACGCUCACCCAAGACCAUCACCAAGUCAGAGCCGAAAAGGACCAGCACCUCUAAACAAUACUCCGAGCCCCUCAGAACGUCCAGUGUGAGGGCCACCUUUCACAACAGGCUGUCAGACCAGCUUUCCCGGUUCUCCCUCCAUGCCAACAAAGGCAAAACACCCAACAUCACAUUGUUGCCAGAAGCCAAGGAGUCCCAGAAGGACGUGGUGUGUAUCCCUAACAAAGUGACUGUGUCUGAGCCAGGUGACACCAGUGUGUUUGAGAACAAGAACGUGGAGGUGGAGGUGCUGUCCCCCGCCAAGGAGCCCGUUCAGCCUGGCAUGCCACUGACUGUGGUGGCACCUUCCGAGCUUGUCGUCCCUGCCAACUGUUUAGCCCAGCUGUUGGACGUGAAGGUGGUCAACGGGACACAACAGGUGGUUCUGAAACUCUUCCCUCUGGAAGAAAACAGUUGCCUCGAAGCUGGUGUGGGUGGGGCAGGAAAUUCGGAGCUGGCAACCAGAGAAAAGGUUGCCAGCGAGCAAGGGGAAAACGUGGCCUCAGAACAGACAUCAUCAUCACCAAUGGAGGACAGAGGUGGCAAGCUAGCAGGACUUGAUCCUCUCCAGUCCUCCAUGCACAAGCAGGUGAGAAAUGUGCAGUGGGCCAAGUCUUACGAUUUCUUCUCACGUGAGACCAGCAGGCGCCAGGGGGACUCCUUCCUGGACUGGAAGGGAGUGGAGGGCCUGCAGAAGAGGAACAGUCCCCAUCCACACAGGACUGCACCACCUGCACCAGUGGCCUUCAAAGCACAUGGCCCACCGCCCAUAGUGAAAACCAACCUUCUUUGUGGCCCUGGAACUGCAUCCAGUCUUUUCCCAUAUAAGGAUGCAGUCCCAUUCCCAGAAGAUGGGUGGAGUUCACACCGCAGCCCCCAUCCCUUGCUUCCUCUCGCCUCCCGACCUACAGCCACCUCCUUCCGACCUGCAGCCACCUCCUUCCGGGGAGAGAGGGGUGCAGUAAGUAACAGUGACUUGGAAUCCCGAAGUGAGCUCAGCAUCCCACUAAAGAUUCUUUCCUCCAUCAGGAAGGCUGGGCGCAGCUGGCCAGAGGCAGCCCUGGGUGUCAGCCAGCUCUCUUCUCCUCACGAGAGUGAAUGCUUACACAUAAACCUGGGUGGGAAAGAUAGGCUCCGAGGCCAGCCUGAGGAGAAGAAGCCCCUGGAAUUCAAGAGUCCUGAGAGAAGCGCCAGCCGCUUCGAAGGCCCUGUCAUCUCGUCGGUCUUCUCUCUCAGUUCUGGCUCUGAAAACAUUCCUGAAGGCAUCAAGUGGAAUGGCGCCACCUCCAAGAUCAAGUCAAUCGAAAUGUUGCGCAGAAAGAUCGCCCAGCUCAUCGAGUCCUGCGGUAAGCCCUCGUCCCUGACCACAAACAGCAUCCACCGCCGUUCCGCGGGGCCGCUGGCCAAGACCGCUUCAAAGGCCGUCUCAGAAAGUACCCAGGAUGUGAACAUGGCAGCUCCCAGCUCAGGCUAUCCCGCUGGUCCUCUGCAGAAAUCCUGGGAUGGUGGCACGGUUGGCACACAGCUCCCUGGGGAGCAGGUCUCCCCACAGUUUGUCGAGAGUAGGAAGGCUCCUGUCGCUGCCCCGGUGUUGAUCCCUAAAGGGGCUGUGCUGAGGGUUCUCCACUCUUCCGAGGAUGCGCGUAUCAUAGAGGCUACGUGUGAAGCUCCUGUCAUACCGUGCGAUGAAACACAGAUGGUGAGUCCCCUCCCAUUCCUCUCGGUGAAGCAGGCAGACUUGAGUUUACAAACAAGUGACAGCGGACCCAUCGACAUGUCCCAGAAUCCAGAGACACUUCCCCGGCUGAAGCCCAAAAGAGAGAGCUCUGUCUGUGGCACCACUGCCCCCAGAAAGGCUGCACCCCUACAAGGGCCCCAAGGAAGCAGCGAGCGGAGCAAGCCAGGGAAACUGCUUUCCAGAAAUCUUGCCGUAAGUCGAAGAAAGACCAAACAAACGAACUCAUCCAGGAAGAAAAACAAGCUGCAGGCUGACCCCAGCCACUAUCUCAAAGACCCCUCCAUUUUUCAGGUGGCCAGACAGCUUCGCCUGGUUGCCGUGAAACCAGACCAGCUGAUCAAAUGCCCCCGGCGGAACCAGCCGGUCAUUGUGUUGAACCACCCCGACGUGGACUCUCUGGAGGUGACUAAUGUGAUGAAGGUCAUCAACAAGUACAAAGGCAACGUCCUCAAAGUUGUCCUGUCUGAGCGGACCCGGUGCCAGCUGGGCAUCAAGCGCCAUCAGGUGCGGCUCACUUAUCAGAACUCGCAGCAAGCCAACCAGAUCAAAAGGCAGUUGAUGCUGAAGAUGAAGCUGAAGAAGGUCCAUAAGAACAACGACCAGAUGGUGGAGACCUUGCCUGAUGACUCUUCACAGUGUGUGUUUAAGUGCUGGUUUUGUGGGCGGCAGUACGAAGACCAGGAAGAGUGGAUGAGUCACGGCCAACGGCACUUGAUUGAAGCAACUCGAGAUUGGGAUGUCCUUUCCUCCAAGGGCAAAUAA